AUGGAGAAUGCGGCGUCGUCGACGAGUUUGGACGCCGGGAAGACCCAUCGAGCCUACGCACGCGGCCAGCUCGCAGCGUUAGAGAUCAAACUCGUGCUCAGUAGCUCCUGGUGCCUUACGCAAGCUUCGCAUCUCAUCCACGCGCUGAGUCAGCAGCAACUGCUCGUGGUUUCCCCCUUGUCGGAGCACAGUCGGCCAUUGUCGGAGCGACUGCUGCGGUUCGCGUGCGACCUCCACGGAUACAAAGUGAAAGUUGUUGAGGAGCAACCGAGCAGUGAUCAAGCUGUGAGAGACGCUAUUCGGCUAGCGAUAGGCGCCGCUGGUGUGCGUCAAGAGCGAGUCGCGCUGUGGGUUCGUCAACGGGAGGGUGCUGCGCAUUCUGCCUGUCUAGUGGACUUCAUACAGGAAAUGUGCCUGGGCAAGCUGCCCUCGUUGACUCUUCAAGCCGGAGGUGAAGAGCUACGCGACGAGCUCGUGCUUAGCUGCAUUCAAGCUCGCAAGCAGCUCGAAGUCGUCACGGAGGCGGAGCUCAUGGUCGAGUUUCAACGGCGAUUGCAGCAGAAUCUCCGCGUCUGUAUUCUGGAAGAAGGCAGCGCCUCACAACUGAGUACGGCGUUCAUAUCGUGGAUGAAAACACGGCCGGCUUGUCAUUGGCGUCGUCUGAACUUCACGGACGUGGAGCUGCAGCGUCUGCUCCCAGAGGUGGCGAAGGCGGCGCUGUCGUCCCCAGACCUCUGUGGAGUAACGUGGGGGAUGCAGACCAUAGCAAAGUACGUGCUGCUGUACCAGAACGUGCACUUACUUAUGAUGCGCGCAGCUUCGACAACACCGAGUCCAGCCUCGCAGCUCGACUACUUCUUGUCCUUCAUGGCCAAUGUCACGGUGGAGUAUGGAGCAAAAUGCAGGGCCCACCACCAGAAAGUGACACGCCUUGAGAACGCCAUUGUGACUUUGACAUUCACCAGGGACAAGGUUGUGCCUACACUGGAGCGUCUCAAACAACAGUUUGAGUGUCAGAGCGCAGAAAUUCACGCGGAUUUAGACGAUAUUCUUCGCUGCCAAGAGAAGGAAAAGCAGCAGAAUAGUGCGGAGAGCGAAGACCACGCGGAGGAGGAGAAGCCAGCCGUCGACCCUGAGGUUGAAGAAGCUCGUUGGGUUUUGCGUUCACGACAGGAAGAGCUGGCCAUGAUGAGCUGCGAGACCAGGUUGCGGCUGGAAGGAAUAUCACGCUUCCUUGCGGAAUGGCAUCAGAUAGCGGACCGGAUGAGUUCUCUUUACUCGAAGUGGACGCAGGAACUAGACCAAGAGAAGAGCAGAACGGAGCACGAAAUCAUGGGGAUCGCAGUGGACGUCGCUGUGCGGAGAGCGUAUGCUUACACAACGGCGCUCUCCUCAAUGAAACGCAGCUCCUCUCUGGGCCAACUAGCUGCUUUAAUCCUUGAGAGCGUCGUCGAUAGCAGCAGCACCGCCAGUGAUGAGCGUCUAAAGAUCGAGGAUGACACAGAAGACGACAGGAAUUGGCUUGUACGCUUGAUAUGGACGUCUCGCUUCCCAUUCCUCCGUGAUGCAGACGUUUACCGCUCUGUUCGACUCGCUGAUGCGCUGUGCGAUCAUGUCCCCGUCUUCGUGGACACCGCGGGGGUCUUGCAGAGGUUUCUGGUGCACAUCUUCUCGGGUCACACGCUGUUUUCCGCCCUCCCCGGCUGCGGAGCUGCGGGUGAAGUGGAGAGCGAGAACCCGAGUGCGACUAAGGAGUCAAUGGUUUUAUCCUGUGACGACCCGAAGCUCGAGUGUCAACUGCAAGAAGCUCAGCGACUGGCUAUUCCAGUUCUCUUAGUGAACUUCCACAGCGCUGACAAGGAGCUUCUGGAUCGGCUACAGCCUUUUCUGGCUCACGCGCGAAUCUCUCAUGGCCCACCUCGACGCCCAAUGCUGCACGAGCUGACACUGAAGUACUACGAGGAUCAGCGCAAGCAGAAGCAGCGAAGGACCUCGAUCGCUGGCUCGGCCAUGGCGGCCAUGUCGUCUUUGGCGCAAACUGCAGCAACGCUCGGUGGUGGGGCGGCCAUGAUGGCUCGACGAGCGGUGCGAGCAGGCAAACACAAAGCCAUAACGAUUGAUCCAUUGGCAGUAGCUGCCACAGUCUCCAAUACCUCAACCACUACACCAGUACGUGAUACUCGGGCAACGAGUAAUGGGAGCUCAAUAUGUACGCGCUGUUUCCAGAUCUACGCGGUGACAGCGACGCCAGUUCCUCUGCAGAUUCAGCACGAUCUGGCGGCUCAGUUCAAGCACUUUGCCAUCUCGCUACCUGACACUGAGCUGGAGGAUUUACUGAAGCUCUCACGGGUGUCCAAGACGCAGCCCAAGCUGCUUCAGGAGCUUCGAGGGGACCAAAUCGGCGUGGCUGAGUGCUGGGUCAAGGUAAACCAGAGCCGGGAUCAACUCAUGCAGCUAUUGGAGACGCUAAAACCCGUGGUUGAACAUGAUGACUCGCCGUUUGCAUCUCGGAGAGGGAAGACUGAGGUCACCGUUCAGCUCUACGAACGCUACAGUGAACUCGCCCUGCAGUUCUCGAACGAGUACCAAGCUGAGCUCAUGUGGAGCUCCCGAGAGAAGGAUCUCCAAGUGAAAAACAACGAGCUCGCCGCUGUUGCCAAACAGUUCGCCUUCACAGCUAUCGAGUUAGUCGGUGUCGCUCGGUGUAUGACAACAAUAUCGUCGCUGAAGUUUGGAGUGCGGUCGUCGCCGUUCUACCUUCAGAACUUCCGAUACCUCGAGAACAUUGCGACGCAGCAACUCGCAGCACAGGGCGACGACGCUCUCUCUCUCUCAGCAGAAAGUUUCAACGCCAUAGUAGAGCGCAUCAGCUCUGGGUUCAUCUCGACUUCACAUCGACAACUUUUUACCUUACUGGGGGUUUUGUGCCAACAGGCUCGAGGACUUGGAUCAACGAAAGCCGAUAACCCCGAGUUCGCAGUUUGGAACGAGGCGGUGGUGUGGCUCGUUACCAGCAGCGUUCGCCGAGCGGGACUCAACGUGUCGGACCCUUUGCAACACCUUGAUGAAAGUGAGGCUGUUGAGAAGGACAUGGGGGUGGAAAUCAUACCAAGGCGUCGGAACUCGUUGAAGUGGCCAGGCGAUUCCGGUUCGUCUCUUGUGGAGCGCUUGCGACGGCGGGUGAAGCUCUGCGCG